AUGUGUGAAAAUAUUAAUCGUGAGAAUACGUCAGGAAAAUGCUUAUGUCCAUAUUGUUCAGGAAGUAUUGCAAGAGGACUUACAGCGAUUAAUGAUAAAAAUGUUUUUGAAUGUAAUCAAUUAGUUGAUAGUUAUGACAGUGUUAAACCAAAAAAUUUUAAUGAUUUAUCAACUAAACUGGAUUACCUGAAUCCUAUUCAAUGCUUUGAUAUACUUGAUAGAUUGUGCAGUAAAUAUUCAUCUACAGCGGAACAUUGGGAACUUGAUGAAUUAAUUCUCAAAUUUGUGGUUCGAUUUCGCAUUAAUGGUGGAUUUUUUAUUGCUCUUAAAGAACCUCAAGAUCGUAGACAACAUCUUUUACGACGACUUACUGAUUCAAUCUUGACAAAGAAAGAAAAUGUCGAAAAAGCUAAUCUAACACCAACUGACAUACACUAA